CAGCAGAUGGAGAGCUGAGCAGAAAGACAUCAAGACUAUAGCCAUGGCCUCCAGUCUAUCGCUCCUCUUCCUGGUCCUGUGCAGUGUGAGUGUGGCUCAGUCCCAGCUCAGGCUGUUUAACCUGCGGGCCACUGGUCUUCCCUCUGACUUGUUUGGGACGACAGAUGGCUAUGUCAAGGUGUUCUGUGGCUCAGCCACUCUGGGUACAACAUCCACCCGUAAGGACGAUGCCAACCCCUGGUGGGAGGAGGAGUUUUCCUAUUUCAGUGCUCAGGAAAAUGACAUACUGAGGCUUGAGGUUCAUGACAGUGACCUCCUCUUUGAUGACCUGCUGGGAGUCUGCCAGCGCCAGAUCAAGCCAGGAACCCAUGAUCAUGACUGCUAUCUGGAAGAAGGCGGAACCCUUCAUUACUCCUAUACCCUCGGCUGAGACAGCCAGCUAAUCUUUUUUCUUUAGAUACAGUCUGCAAAUCUCUCAGACUGGCCCCUUAGAAAUGUUUUCAUACUGAUGAUUGCGCUCUAAGAGAUUGGUUGUGAGGUUCUCUGUCUCAAAGUCAUCAACCUCAUCAUUUCAGAUAAGACGAGAAAAAUAUUCACUCAUACUCAUGAAAUGUAUCAAUACACCUUAUACUGCUGACUUAGUCACACUAUAUCAUUGGCUGUUUUACCCUGUUCCCAAGCUUGUCAAUAAGUAAUAAAUUUUGCUGCAACAACAAAAA